CCUGAGAUCCACCACCUUUUGCAUCGUGCAAAUUCACAUAAUCCAACCACCUGUACUUCACAUCAUCACGUUCUUCAAGUGCAUCAUGGCUGAUUGAUAGCAUCGGAUUUCAUCUCAUUUGACACCCCUUCUGCCUAUGCUCCGCGUAACCCCCGCGCGGGGUACAGGAUCUGAUUAACCGCCAGCCAUGAGCGGCAGCAGGGGUUGGUAACAGCCGAUUGCUUACCUUGACCUUUAUCUCAUCCAGGCAGUGUAUAGAACCAAAACGUGGACAUUACCUUACCUAGGGGCUCAAACUCCAAGCCGGAUCUUGACCUUGCCUCGCAGUCGACUGCCAGGCCAAACCAACCCAGCACUACCACAAACUCGAUUCCCCAAGCUCAUCCAACCACAUCCACCCGCCAUGGCCCCCAAAAAAGGCACCAUCGCCAUCGAAGAAGCCGUCCUCAACCCAGCCGGCGUGUCCUGGAUCGCCGAGUCAGCCGCGCUCUUCAACCCCGGCCAAACCUCCACCACCACCACCACCACCACCCCCUCCUCCUCAGACGCCCACCACGGCCUAACCAAAGCCCUACUCGACAUCCACCAAUCCCGCCUCGCGCAAAUGGACGCCCACGGGGUCGAGUACAUGCUGCUCAGCCUAACCUCCCCAGGCGCACAAGGCGAAGCCGACCCUGUCAAAGCACGCGCCCUCGCCGCGGAAGCCAACGACUGGCUUGCAGCACAAGUCUCCCUCAACCCGGCGCGGUUUGGCGCGUUCGCCAGCGUGUCAAUGCACAGUGCUGCGGAUGCCAUUGCUGAGGCGAGGCGCGCGGUGCAGGAGUUGGGGAUGUUUGGGGUUAUGUUGAAUGACUAUCAGGUUGUGGGUGAUGGUGCGGGUGAGGGUGGUAAGGGGGAUGUGGAAGGGAAGCGGUACUAUGAUGAGGUUGAGUUUAGGGAGUUUUGGAAGGUGAUUGAGCAGUUGGGUGUGCCCGUGUACCUGCACCCUCGGUACCCGCCUGCUAAGGAUCUGCAGCCCAAGACGAGGUACGGGGAGAGGAAGCAGAUUCUGGGCGCCGCGGUGCAGUUCCAUUUGGAUUUGAGCAUGCAUGUGUAUGCGCUUUGCUCGAGUGGCGUGUUUGAUGACUUUCCCAGGGUGCAGGUGGUGGUUGGGCAUUUGGGUGAGGGAAUCCCUUUCAACCUCUGGCGGGCUGACCACUGGUACAACAAGCCGGUCAAGAAGGCCACGCGGCCGUCGAAGCAGGACUACAGCUACUACUUUACCCAUAAUAUCUCCAUCACGACGUCCGGGAACUUUAACACAAAAGCCCUCAAGUUCUGCAUCGACGAGAUUGGCGUUGAUCGGUGUCUCUACUCGAUCGAUUACCCCUACGACACCAUCGCUGAGGCCCAGGACUGGUGGAACACUGUCGAUCUGCCGGAGGACCAGAAGCGGCUUGUUGCGCGCGAGAAUGCAAUCAGACUGUUCAAACUUCCCCUGGAGAUAUGAUGCACUUAAUGGGAUUCGGUUCUUUUGAGGAGACGUCGAACUGUGGUUGCCAAGGGGGAAAUCGGGGGCUUUACGGUAGUGCAGGCUUCUUUCCUAGCCCCUGAGACCCCAUGGGACGGGUAUAAACAGGCCUCUAUCCACAAGGAAGUUGUACGUUGGACGGUGUUCCUGCCAAGGGCUUCUCUAGUCCUGGGCGCCGGUUUAGCCUAUACUCUGCUCAUAUCAAAUUGACGUCCAAUCCGGG